UUUUUUAUUCAUAUUUUACGCCUUGUAGCGAAAUAAUAGAGUGUAUUUGUGUUGUUUAAAUAACAACUAAAUAAUAAAUAAUAAUACAAAAUUUGUAUUAUAGAAAUUUAGGAAGGUAAUUUUUUUAAAACUUCAAUUUACAGUGUUGUCGCGCGCGCCUUUAGUCUUCACUACGCGGGUAACACUGUAGAGCGCGCCGUUUUUUCCCUCGCAAGUCGCAGCUGCGAAUUGACAUUUGACAUCAGUGAACAGUCGCCGAGCGGAAACGUAAUUCGUUAAGAUCUCGCGGUAUUUUACUUUUAUCACGAGUUAUUUAUUUUAUACGUAUCUGGUUUUUUCUAUUUAUUGAUGUUCGAUUUGAUUUCUUUUAAAACGUUAUUAUUAUUAUUACUUUUUUUUUUUCUUAUUCAUUGUGUAUAAAGUUUUCAUUAAGCUCUACGAACGUUACGGCAGACAUCGGCGAGCUGCCAUGGACGGCAAUGACGACAAAAUGGUAUGCGACGACGAGUCGUUUUUCGUCCAGAAAAUGCGACGGCUCAGUUUUGAUGGUGAUAAGGCGGCUCCGAUCAUAACGGCUUGUCCGCCAUCUCCUUCCGAUGUCGGCCGUUCGUUUUCGCCAGAGAUCGGAGUGGACUCGUCAACGCCUUUCCUAAAGCCUCGAGCACUGCACAAGGUACGUCAUAGAGGCCCUUCGCCACCAUGUGACACCAGUGGAGACUUCACUCGUAAUAACAAGCCCCGAUUGUCGGUCAACCCGUUCACGCCGACCGGCAUUGAGAUUUUGAAGAACAAGCAGCGCAAGAAACUCUGUCAAACUAUUAACAAUGUGAGUUAUAACAGUAGUGACGAUCAAAAACAUAACACCAGCCAUGAUAGUAGCUUGUUAACGCCCGAUAGUAAGACUUCAAUGUCGAUCCACCCUUCUAUAAGAGAUCUUAUGAAUGAUGGCGAAGUCACCAACGUGAGUAUAUACGAUUUGCAGACAUCUCGUUUCAACGAAGAAUUCAGAAUGGACGACUUCAUUGCUACAGGCGGUUUCGGUGAAGUAUACAAAUGUACCAAUUUGAUGGAUGGCAUUGCGUACGCCAUAAAAAAAACUAAAAAAACUGUGUAUAAAAGUCAAGAAUAUUUUAUACGCAAAGAAGUGUACGCCCAUUCAGUUAUCGGGCGCCAUCCAAACAUAGUCUCCUAUUUUACUGCAUGGCACGAGAGAGGCCAUAUUUAUAUUCAAACAGAAUUUUGCAACGGUGGCACAUUAGAACGAAUGAUUCACGAAUCUGAUCAUGUUUUUUGUGAUAGUGCCUUGAGACGAUUAUUAUGUCACGUAUGUAAAGGUCUUGCUCAUAUACAUUCUAAAAAACUUGCACAUUUGGACAUUAAAGCAGCUAAUAUAUUGAUAUGUCGUACUAAUGGGGCAUUAUUGUAUGUUGAAGAUCUUGACGAUGACGAAACUGUUGAUAAAGAUAUUGUUUAUAAAAUUGGUGAUUUUGGACAUACAAUAUGUAUUGAAGAUGUACGGACAAUUGAAGAUGGCGAUUGCCGUUAUUUACCUAAAGAACUUUUAAGAGAUGAUUAUUCACAUUUACAAAAGGCUGAUGUAUUUUCAACUGCGCUUACCGCAUACGAGGCAGCUACUAAAAAGCAAUUACCUAAAAAUGGACCAGAAUGGCAUAGUUUACGAGAUGGAGGAUUUUCACUUCCUCAAACUCCUGUUUUUAGUACAGGACUUGAAAAAAUGUUAAAGAAAAUGGUUGACUUGGAUCCUACCAUCCGUCCAACAGCUACUAGUAUAGUUAACCUUUUACUUGACAGAGGAAUGGCAGCUGUAAAGCAACAACAAGACGAAAUGGAAGUAUGGAAACUUAGUUCUAAAUUUCUUACACCGUGCUAUUCUGUUGAAACACAGACAACAAAAAUGGUGGGUAUGAGAAAAUAUGACAAUUCUAAACGAACUAGAAAAGACCGAAUUAAAAGAUUAGUUGGUAAUAAAAUGAUUAGAUCAUGUAGUUCACCCAAUGUCUGAAUAAGAGUUGUCAUUAUGUUGUUUUAACUGAUUAUGUUAGAAUUUGUAUUUCUUUUUUUCUAUCUCUUCACACGGAAGAAAAUGUUAAUUAAUAGUGAGUAAACAUUAUUUAAGGAAAAUUAAGAAACCUCAAUUCCUAGUAUUGCUACCUUACACUUUAUUUUUUAUUUAAAUUAUUUUUACAUUGUUACAUAGCAUUAUUGUAUUUUAUAACUGUGAUAAGACGCGAACAAUUAUUUUCAAAUGAAUUAAGUACUUUCUUAACGUUAUUAGAAAUCCAGAAACCAAAAGGAUUUUAAAACCUAACAUUAUUUUUUGUAAGGUUGUAUCUUUUAUAAAUUAAUUAUUAUUACAUUAUUCCUAUUUAUUAUUAUUAUUAUUAUUUGCACACUUAGAAUAACGUUAAGGUCGACUAUUUUAAAUUACAGUUGGUUAAGUAUGGUAAUUAUUUUUACAUAAUUAUAUUUGUUAAAAAAUGUUUUUGCCUAAGAUGUGUGUGUAAAUAUAUAUUUAUUUAUGAUGUACUUUUUUAAGCAAAUCAGCUUUAUUA